AUGGCGAGCAUCGACCGAUACCGCCCUCCCAGAGAAGGCUAUCAGCCUCCCCCCGUCGCUGGAUCCGCGCGACCAGAUCGCGAAUCCCGCUCUCGAUCUCCUCGACGCCGCGACGCCGUGCCCCCCGCCGUCCCGACUCCUCCGCAACACUCGACGCGCACGUCUCCUCCGCGGCCGCAGGCCCGCCCCAGCCAGCCCUCUCCCUCGCGGUCUGGCGCGCAAACGCCCUCGCCAGGUCCGAAUCAAUGGUCCUUCACCUCGGACGAGGUGCGCAGCACCCCGGCUAUUGCUGAGGGACUCGCCCCGGCCGAGGAGAGAAUGCGCAGGGCCAAGGGUGUCAACUUCAUCUACCAGACUGGCAUCAUGCUGGACCUACCCCAGAUCACGCUCUGGGUCGCGGGUGUCUUCUUUCACAGAUUCUACAUGCGCUCCAGUAUGGUACAAGAAAAGGGUGGCAUUCAUCACUAUAACAUUGCCGCCACAGCCCUCUUUCUAGCCAACAAAGUGGAAGAAAACUGCCGAAAAACGAAGGACAUAAUCAUUGCGGUCGCCAAGGUCGCACAGAAAAACGCAAAACUCAUCAUUGACGAACAGAGCAAGGAAUACUGGCGAUGGAGAGACAGCAUCUUGACGUACGAGGAGGUCAUGCUAGAACAGCUGACAUUUGACCUCAUGAUUGACAACCCCUAUCGCCAUCUGUUUGAGUUGCUCGGUCAGCUUGAUCUCGUUCACAACAAGAAUUUACGACACAGCGCAUGGGCGUUCUGCAAUGACGCCUGUUUAACCUCUAUACCCCUUCUCAUUGAGGCGAAGGAUGUUGCCAUUAGCGCAAUAUUCUUUGCAAGUGCGCAUACAAAUCAGCAAAUUGACGACAUCAAGGGCGAACCGUGGUGGAAGCAUUUGAGGGGCGACGAGGAGCGAUGCGUCAUGGCCAUCGAGGUGAUGCGGCAGUUUUACACGGAGAAUCCGCUCAGAAAACAGAACCCGUCGCUGCCCUCACCGGCUUUUCAUCUCGAGAACACCCGAAGGCGAGGGGAUACCCUGCUCAGUCAACCAGACACUCAGUCAUCAGCCAACGGGACGCCCAUGGAGCUUGAUCGUGCCAGUCGCAGCCCAGGUCCAGGCGGCAGAGCGAAUGGUACUAGCAAGGACGGCGAUGCCCGAGACCACGGCCGAGAAGCAGGCUCUCAAGCGAAAUCAGAAGAGAAUGACUACGCGCCCAAGUCGCCAUUGAAACGAAGGGAACUGGAAGACGGCGAGACAGACGAUGGCAGGGCGGCGAAACGAGCACGGCUGUCUGAGGAUGAGGGAGAACUCAUUGAGAACUAA